UCAUAAAGACCCUCCCCUUUUGAUAAGAUAUAAAAUGAACACUGAAACAGGUGCGUUAUUACAUUCUCCUCCUGAUCAAAGAUGGAUCUGCAAAUCUCAGUUUUUCUUCUCUUCAUUCUUUUCACUGCAGGACACUCUCUCCGCUGUUAUGAGUGCAUGAGUCUGACAGGUUCUUGUACGGGACAAACAGAACAAACAUGUCCCAGUGGAUAUUCUCAGUGCGAGAGUUCAACAGGGAUAACAAAAGUUGGUGACAUUACUUCUAAAGUGCAGGGUAAAGGAUGUGUUCCUGUCUGUCAAAGUGGGUCCAUAAACUUUGGCCUUGUCAGGACAGCUACUUCCUGCUGUAACACAGACCUGUGUAACUUCCAAAAUGCUCCAGAUCCCUCUAAUGUCCCGAAUGGAAAGAAAUGCUACACUUGUGAUGGGGAGAGCUGCUCAGCCAUAUUGAGCUGUUCAGGAGAUGAAAACCGCUGCAUUACAGCAACAGAGACUUCUGGAAGCGUGACAGCGACGGUAAAAGGCUGUAUCUCUAAAUCCAUUUGUGAUGCCACAACAGCGGUUAGAAAUGUUGUGAGCAUCUCAUGUUGUGAGGGGAACCUGUGUAACGGUGCUCAGAGUGUCUCCCAGAGCUUCCUGUUCCUCUGCUGUUCUCUGCUCUCCUACUUCCUGCUGCACUGAAUCCAGCAGCUCUUCACA